GUUGCGCCAGCGCCUGAAAAAAAUCAAUAAAUCAAUACUCAAAGUAAUUGUAUUUUCUAGCGUGCCAGCUUGUAAAAUAAGCAUUAUUAAGCGUCAAUGCACAAAUAUAUGCAGGCCGUAAGAUAAGCUUUAAACCGCGUUAUAAAUGUGACUGUGUGUAUUUGUUUAAUACUGAACCCAAAAAAAACCUGUAAGAAGUCUGGCUGGAACUGUUGAAGCGACAAUAACUAUGCGAAUUUGUUCAACUUGACAUUAACAUCGAAGGAAUAUUAAAUCGUAUCCACAAAAUGCCGUUGUUUGGCAAAAAGGAUUCCGGCAAGAAAGCCAAGGCGAAGGACAUAAGGGAGCUAAAUAAGCAAGUGUCAAUCGAGGAGAAAUACAAUCUUCAUGGGCUUUUGGGAACUGGGGCCUUUUCAGAAGUACGCCUUGCCGAAAGUAAAGAAACCCCUGGUGAUCACUUUGCUGUUAAAAUUAUCGACAAAAAAGCUCUUAAGGGCAAGGAGGAAUCUCUGGAGAAUGAAAUUCGGGUUUUAAGAAGGUUCAGUGCAAAUCAUUUCGAUGGCAAAUGUCCAAACGGAACGCGAUUAACUCAUCCAAAUAUAGUGCAACUCCUGGAAACGUAUGAAGACAAGUCGAAGGUGUACCUAGUUAUGGAGUUGGUUACUGGUGGCGAACUUUUUGACCGCAUUGUGGAAAAGGGGUCCUACACUGAAAAGGACGCUUCUCAUCUGAUAAGACAGAUUCUAGAAGCGGUAGAUUAUAUGCAUGAGCAAGGUGUCGUCCAUCGUGACCUUAAGCCGGAAAACUUACUAUACUAUAGUCCUGACGAUGAUAGCAAAAUUAUGAUUAGCGACUUUGGAUUAUCUAAAAUGGAGGAUUCUGGAAUUAUGGCUACAGCAUGCGGAACUCCCGGAUAUGUCGCUCCAGAAGUGCUGGCACAAAAACCAUAUGGAAAAGCCGUUGAUGUGUGGAGUAUUGGAGUAAUAUCGUAUAUCUUAUUAUGUGGUUACCCUCCGUUUUAUGAUGAAAAUGAUGCUAAUCUGUUCGCUCAGAUUUUAAAAGGAGAAUUUGAAUUCGAUUCACCAUAUUGGGAUGAAAUAAGCGAGUCCGCCAAGCAUUUUAUUAAAAAUUUGAUGUGCGUAUCAGUAGAGAUGAGAUAUACAUGCAAGCAAGCUCUGGCUCAUGCUUGGAUUUCUGGAAAUGAGGCAAGUAGCAGAAACAUUCACGGAACCGUGUCAGAGCAACUAAAGAAAAAUUUCGCAAAAUCCCGUUGGAAGCAAGCUUACUACGCGGCGACAGUGAUCCGACAGAUGCAGCGAAUGGCGCUAAACAGCAAUAGCAGUGCAAAUUUUGAUUCUACUGGUGAUUUCAGUAACCAAAAAGACUCUAAAAACUCAACAGCAGCGUCUGGAUCACACAUUUCCAAUGUUUUAUCAGCGCAGAAAUCAGCACAAAGUGAUGCACAAGAAGAUGGUGAGACGCUAGGCAGCACAAAUGGAGCAUCACAGUAGCAAAGUUGAAUAUCAAAAUUAUGUUACAUAUAUGCUUGAAUUACAUUUUUGAAUUUUAACGAUUGUUCUAGUCUAGUAAAUAUGACCUAUUUACUAAUCGGAUAAUUUUUUCAAUCGAAAAUACGAAAAAAAUAAUAACAUGAAUGUGCGUACACCAGCACUAAUGCAUCUCUUUAUAAUAUUUGAGAUGUAAGGAUACUGUUUAACCAACGCAAUACACUACAAAAAUUCAAUCGGUCGUUUAACAUGUCUAUGAACACAUUAUUAAAGCGAGUAUAUCGCUGUAAAAAAUAUGCCAACAAUGAGAACAAUUUGGUUCCGUAUCCAAUCAUGACUCUUGGAUGGAUUUAUUGUAUUAUUUGCUCCCCUACAUUCAUUACAAUUUUGAGGUGUCAUUUGACAAACUAACGAAUCGGAUUGAAAAGUCCAACUACAGAUGCAGUAAAACAUCACUAGGGAAUUUUAUUUAUUUUCUGAAUGUUACAAUUUAUUGUGAAAAACUAAAAUUAUUUUUCGUUAAUAAAGGCCCCUUCAGAUGGAA